UGACGCCGACGCGGGGUGCGCGCAGUGCAGGAUGGCGGUUUCCACUGCGGUGCUAUUGGUAGCUGACGGUGGGAGAACAGCGGGGCUCCCCGGGGUAUAGGUUGGAGGAAUCAUCGGACAGACCGGAAAUCGGCGCUGUCCGCUCCGUUACGGUGCGAGCCGAUGGGCAAUGGCACGAGCACCGAGCGGCGGCUUCGCAACCCCGGCAGCUUCGAACGGCUUCACAGGCGUUGCAAGGAUGUUUUCCCUCAGCAACUCGAAGGUGUGAAACUCAUCAUCAACAAACAUCUCAGCAACCACUUUCAGGCUGCACAUACAAUCCACCUGAGCUCAAUGUCACCCCAUUACCAUUUCAAGGCAAUGUACUCAGGAGAUCAACAGGCAGACUCUGAUGAGAGCUUCCCACAGGCCCUGGGAGAAGUGGACAGCACAGGCAGUUUGAACGCUCAGUGUGUCGCCUUGUUGGCUAAUCGGAUCCGAGCCAAGGCUGCCUUCCAGACCCAGCAGGAGCGCUUCCAGACGUGGCAGUUUGACACGGAGUAUCGGGGCGACUCCUUCACUGCCACCAUCACCCUCGGCAACCCUGAUAUCAUCAGUGAAUCUGUCAUCCUGGUUGCACACUUCCUACAGAGCAUCACCCAUAACCUGGUGCUGGGUGGUGAGAUGGUCUAUCAUCGCAGGCCAGCAGAGGAAGGAGCCAUCUUCACCUUGGCUGCAAAGUACACCACCUCUCACUGGGUUGGGACAUUAAACAUUGGUCGAGGGGGUGCCCAUGCUAGUUACUACCAUCAAGCCAAUGAUCAGGUUCAGGUGGGGGUUGGCUUCGAGGCCAGCACCCAGACCCAGGACACCACUUUCUCCUUCGGGUACCAGCUGGACAUCCCCAAGGCAAACAUGGUGUUCAGAGGUUCCUUGGACAGCAACUGGGUGGUGGGAGGGCUCCUGGAGAAGAGGCUAGCUCCCUUGCCUCUGACCCUUACCCUCGGCGCCUUCAUUGACCACUUGAGAAAUAAGUUGCAGUACGGCUUCACAGUGACGGUCUGUUGAUGGAUGGGGGGUUGUGGGACACCAAGUCUCGUACAGCGGACAGAAACUGGAGCAACUCCGAGGGGACGUGGACAGCCUGGAGAGUAGCAGCUGACCUUGCCUUGGAAUCCACUGGAGAAACGUGUCAGAGCAGGACUCUGGGCGGCUGACUCAUCGGUUAUCUUCCUGUGGCCUGUCCCCAGCUUCACACUAUUCAGUCUGCCUUAUUUAACAGUAUCAAUGCUUGUGGGGAGAGGGCUUGCUGAAGAGAAUGAGACCCAUAGCAGAGGCACAGUGGAGAAUAGCAGUGCUCCCAGUGUAGGGACCUGGGGAUAUGCAGAUGGGAACUGUGUAUGGUGCUCCUAGUGUAGUCUAACCCAGGGAUACGCAGACAGAAGCUGCUUGUAGUGUUCAUAGUGCAAUUGAACCCAGCAAUAUGGGCCCAGAGCUGUGCUCAGUGAAGCCAGUAUGUUUGAACCCAGGGUUAUGGAGGCAGGUAGCACAGGAUCUCUUGUGGUUCUUCCCCUGUAUAAUAGGUACACCACUUAGGAGCCUCUCGGGGGAAAGUAACAGCAUCUAUCAGAUCAGUGAUACCACAACUGGCUUUUUUGUGUAGCAGGUAAGGACAAAAUCUACACAAAACAAUAGUGGUAGAAUACUCCAUAGUUAGGGACACAGACAGUGUUUCUGUGACCACAAGGCUCACUGGUCCCAGAGUCGAGGACAGGGUCAAACAGCAUGGAAACAGGCCUGUUGACACAACCCCUCCCAGGUUGCCCACCUAAGCUAAUCCCCCUUCUGUGAGAUUAGCCCUUAUUCUUCCAAACCUUUCCAAUCCAAAUACUUAUUCAAAUGUCAAAUAAAUGUUGUUCAUGAACCAACCUCAACCACUUCCUCUGGCAGCUCAUUCCAAAUACCCACCACCCUCUGCAUGAAGUUGCCCCUCAGGUUUCUUUUAAAUCUUUUCCCCUCAUCUUAAUCUUAUGACCUCUAGUUUUUUGGUUUAUUUCUCUGGGAAAGAAGACUGUGUGCAUUCACCUUAUCUAUGUCCCUCAUGAUUUUAUACACUUUUAGUCCCUAUACUCCAAAGAUUAAAUUCCUAGCUCGAGUCCUGGCAACAUUCUUGUAAGUAUUCUUUGCAUUCUUUCUAUCUUUGUCACAUCUCCAACAACAGGGUGACCAAAACUGAACACAAUACUCCAGGUGUGGCAUCACCUUUGUCUUGAACAGGUUGAUGCCUCUGCCUGAGCACAGGAUACUCUGAGGGGGAAGAUUAAGCAGUCAGAGGCUGUGGUCCAUAUUGGUACUAAUGAAAUCAGCAGAAAGGGAGAUGCGAUCCUGUAAAGCAAAGUUUGGAAGUUGAACAAGCAAAAUCUCCAGGGUUAUAAUUUCUGUGUUGCUCUCUGUGCCAUGUGCUGGUGAAGGUGGCAGUAGGAAGAGAGGAUAGAUGAAGAGCUGGUGCAGGGUAAAGAGCUUCUGGUAAUUGAAUCGUCACCUCUGUGUCAGGAAGGAGGAAAUGUUAAAGAUAUAGAUAUACAUUAAGGUGGAUAAAUCCUCAAGGCAAGUGUGAUCUAUUCCAGAAUAUUAAAAGAUGCAAAGAAGUGAUUGUCUGGGGCUCUAAUGGAGAUGUUUUUGCAUUUUUGUUUGCUUCAGGUGAAGUACCAGAGGGCUAGAGGAUAACUAACAUCAUCUGCUUGCUGAGCAGAGCAGAAGGGAAAAGAGAGGCAUCUACAGGCCUGUAAAUUUUACAUCAGCGGUUGGAACUUUAUUAAAAAUAAUGCUAAGAAACAGGAUUUGUGUUCACUUGGAAAGAAAGGGACUGAUUAGGAGGGGUCAGUACAGUUUGAGCAGGAGAGAUUAUGUCUCACAAAGCUGAUAGUUUCUUGAGGAUCUAAUAAGGAAAAUUAGGAAGGGCAGGGCAGUAGAUGUGGUUUAUAUGAACCUUUAGUGGGGCUUUUGAUGAACUCCCACGUGGUAGGGUGGUCCGAGAGGGCAAAGCACCUUGAACCAAAGGUGUAGAACAUAGAACAGUACAGCACAGGAACAGGCCAUCUGGCCCACAAUGUUCUGCCAAACCAACUAAAAAGUAAAUCAAAAUUUACUUUUUACUCCUACCUACACCAUGCCUAUAGCCCUUUAUCUUCCUUACAUGUGCCUAACCAAACAUCUCUUUAAAAACCUCAAAUGUGUUUGCCUCUACCACAAACCAGGCAGCACAUACCAGGCAUUCACAAGUCUGAGUAAAAGCUUACCCCUCACAUCCCCCUUGAACCUACCUCCUUUCACCUCCAAUGUACGCCCUCUGGUAUUAGACAUUUCAACCCUGGGAAACAGGUACUCUCUGUCCACUCUAUCUACGUUUCUCAUAAUCUUGUAAACCUUUGUCAGAUCUCCCCUCAGCCUCCAGUGCUCCAGAAAAAAAACAACCCAAGUUUAUCCAGCAUCUCAUGAUAGCACAUGCUCUCUCAACCAGGCAGCGUUCUGGUAAACCUCUUCUGCAUUCUGUCCAAAGCCUCAACAUCCUUCCUAUAGUGGAGCGACCAGAACUGUAUGCAUUACUUCAUAUAUGGCCUAACCAGAGCUUUAUAAAUUUACAACAUAAUCUCUUGACUUUUGAACUCAGUACCUCGACUAAUAAAAGCAAGCAUUCCAUAAGCCGCCUUAACCACCUUAUCGACCUAUGCAGCCACUUUCAAGGAGCUAUGAACUUGGAUCCCAAGAUCUCUCUGCUCAGCAAUACUGUUAAGAAUCUUGCCCUUCAAUUUACUGUCUCCUUGCAUUUGCCAUCUCAGCCCAUAUCUGCAACUGGUCCAUAUUGUGUUGUAUUCUUUGCCAGUCUUUUACACCAGCCGCAACUUCAUCAAUCUUGAUGUUAUCUGCAAAUUUAUUAAUCCACCCAUCUACAUGUUCAUCCAGGUCAUCUAUAUGCAUCACAAACAGCAGAGUCCCAACUGAGAACCCUGUGGAACACCACUAGUUAUAGACCUCCAGCUCGAACCAGUCCCUUCUACCACUCUGUGCACAAGCCAGUUCUAAACCCAAACAGCUAAUUCACUACAGACCCCAAGCAUCUUAAUCUUCUGGACUAGCCUCCCAUGAGGGACAUUGUCAAACACCUUAUUAAAUCCAUGUAGACAACAUCCAUUGCUCUGCCCUCAUCAGUCUCUCACCACCUUGUUUAAAAAAACUCAAAUCAAGUUGGUAAGGCACAACCUGCCACACACAAAGCCAUGCUGGUUCUCCCUAAUUCCAUGGGUUUCCAAAUGCUCAUAUAUCUUAUCCCUAAGAAUUUUCUCCAGCAAUUUCUCUACACCAGACAUGAGACUCUCCAGUCUAUAGUUCCCAGGAUUUUCGUUUGUUCCCUUCUUAAAUAGAAAUACAACAUUAGCUACUCACCAGUCCUCCAGGACCUCACCUGUGGCUAGAGAGGGCAUGAAGAUACCAGUCAAGGGCCCAGCAAUCUUGUCUUUUGCCUCCUUCAAUAACCUGGGGUAAAUCCGAUCAGACCCUGGGACUUAUCCACCUUAAUACUUAUUAGGAGGCCCAACACUUCCUUCUCCCUGACCUCUAAAUGACCCAGUGUAUUUAUGUACUCAGCACUGAUCUCCUGGUCCUCCAUAUCCUUUUCCUUGGUAAAUACUGAAGCAAAGAACUCAUUAAGUACCUCACUCACAUUCUCUGUAUCCAAGCAAAUGUUCCUUCCUUUAUCCUUAAGUAGUCCCAUCCUCUCCCUCAUUAUCCUCUUUCCUGUACUCUGUGCAAUUGAUCUUAAAACCUCUGCACAUGCCUGAUGUGGACUUGCCAAAGAAAAGGUGAUCCCAAUUAAUGCCUCUUAGUUCCUGCCUAAUGCCCUCAUAAUUUGCCCUACUCCAAUUUAAAGUUCUCCUGCAAGGACCAUAACUAUUCUUACCUAUCCUGAAAGUUAAGGAGUUGUGGUCACUGUGCCACAACUGGUGGCAAACGUUUCCAAAGCAGUCUUGGUGAUAAGAUGCAGAGGGUAAGGGUGGGUGGGUUUAUCUUACUGGAAGUCUGUAAUCAGUGGUAUGCCACAGGUAUUGGUGCUAGGACCUUAGUAUACACAAAUGACUUGGAUGAGAAUGUAGGGGUCUGAUUCAUAAAUUUGUAGAUGAUGUGAAGAUUGGUGGUGGAGGCGUAGAUAGCAACAAAGGUUGCCUGAAGAUGCAGAGAGACAUGGAUUAGCUGGAAAGUUGGGUGGAGUGGUGGCAGAUGUAAUCUAAUCUGGACAAGUGUAAGUCACGCACUUUGGAAAGUCAAACACUGACAGAAUAUGUACAGUAAAAGGCAGAGGCUUUAAGAGUGUUGAUGUACAGAGAGACUUUCUGUGCAAGUCCUUAGCUCUCUGAAAGCGAUGACACAGGUGGAUAGGCUAGUGAAAGUAACACGAAAUUCUUGCUAUGACAGGCUGAGGCACCGUGUGUGACAGAAUGUUGUAUUGCAGCUGUACAAAACAUUGGUACAUGUUAUAAUGCUGUGUACAUUUAUGGUUGUCACACAGGAAGUGUAUGUCUAGCAUAGAGAGUGCAGAGGAGAUUUACUAGUAUGUUGACUGUAAUGGAGGGCUAUAGUUACGGGUAGACUGGGUUUGUUCCUUUUGGGAUGUAGGAGACUGUGGCAUGACCAGAUAGAUAUUUAUAACAUUAUGAAAGACAUAGAUGGCUUUGAUAGAAUCUUUCUCUGCAGCAUAGUGGGGGGGGGGGGGGGAGGGUCUAGAACUAGAGACCACAGUUUUAAGGUGGAAGGGAACAGAUUUAAAAGUUCCCUGUGAGGGUACAGAGGGAGAUGGAUAUGUGGAAUAUGCUGCCAGAGGACAUAGUAGAGCUAGGUACAAUUACUUGGACAGAUACGUGGAUGGGAAAAGCAAGAUAAUGUGGGCAAAUGCAGACAAAUGAGAGGAAUGUAAAUAGGCAUCCCAAAUUGUGAAAAGGUGAUUAUUUCAAUCCUGUAAAGAUCUAUGACAAUGAUCAGAACCGAGUGGUCUGACCCAAGGAUAGGGAGACCAGUAAAGCCAUCCUGAUCCAAUCUUCUCUCCAAAAAUGCACUAAAGUUGAGCCAUCAGCUCAGAAACAUCCAAUUACCAACUCUAUUUGGCAAGAUCCUUGGUGGAAUGUCUGAAUUAUUUUUGGGAAGUCAGUUCUGCUACAUUGACUUUAAGUUAUAGCAUACUCUGCACCUCCCUAGUGAUUGCUGUGAACCUGUUGUCAGAACCCCCUGCUGAGAGACAGAAUUGUCAAUGGCUUCUCACACUUUCAGUCUCUGUCAGAGAGAGAGGGGGGAUUCUUCUUGUGACCAAGUACACAUUGUCAUGUUAAAAAUGUGAUCCAUCAUGGAGAGUAGAAUCCCUUUAGACAGAUGGAGAAGGUGAAUUUCUCUGCAUCUUGCCUCCACAGGAACUCCGGAUGUCUCUGAAAGAUGGAGAGAGAGCUUGUCCAGAAAAUUAAGACACAUGACAUCAAGGGUUGAAGGGUUGGUCAGUUGGAUGCAAAGUUGGCUUAGUCACAGAAGACUGAGGGUAAUAGUGGAGGAAUGUUAUUUUGGCUGGAGGUCUUUGACCAGUGGUGUCUCCCAGGGUCAGUGCUGUGGUCCUGUAAUCUGUGUACUGUAUAUGACUUGGAUGAAAGCAUAGGUAGGCUGUUUGUAGACAACAUAAAAAUUGGUGGAGUUCUGAAUAGUGAUGUGAAUCAGUUGGAAAUUUAGGCAGAGAAAAGGCAGUCACAGAUUUUAAUCCAGGUGAGAAGUUUCAUUUAAGGAGGACCAAUGUCAGUAGAUAGCAGGACUUUAGGGAGUAAUGAUGUUCAGAGGGAUCUUGGGAUGAAAGUUCAUAGCUCUCUACAUGUGGCAACACAAGUAAAUGGAUUGGUCAUGAAGGCAUAUGGCACAUAUGGCAUACUUGCCUUCAUUGGUCGAAGUGUUAAAGAUAAAAGAGUGGAAGUUGCGUUGCAGCUGUGUAAAACUUUGGUUGACCAUAUUUGGGGUGUUGUGUGCAGUUCCACUCAUCCCAUUACAGGAAGGAUAUGGAGGCUUUGAAGAGGGUGCAGAAGUUGUUCACCAGAAUUUUCCCAGGAUUGUUGUGAGUGUAACCCUUGGUUCGGCUAGUGGCUUAGUCUAGGGGAUGAUAGCCCCCGGCCCAGCCAAAUUUAAAAAAUCUUGCUUGGGUAGAUGCUGUGCGAUGUGUCCCCUGUUACAAAUCAAUACCACGAAAUAACAAACAGUACACAAUAUGGGAUUAAACGAUUGAGCUUUAUAAUUCUUAAUUUGACUAUAUGGUUAGUAAAGAAACAAACAAAAAAGAAAAGGGCCCAUUCUCAUGAAACAGUCUAAUGCGCAAACGUUGAAGCUCACAGUUUCAUCCAUUUGUUCCUGUCGUUCUCCUCCGAGCGUAGCCGACCCUCGGACCCUUGCUCCUCAGUCCACUCUUUCUGGCGGUCUACCAACUCUCUCCAUUCGCGUCCUCUCUCUUCAUCUCUCCCCAAAGAAAGAACCGCGGAAACCCCUCUUCCAGAUCCACAAGAAAGAACAACACCCCUCUCAUUGGCUAACAUACAUUCCAAAGUCCCCAUUAUCUCUAGUCAUAACCCAAACAUUGCUGCUACAGAGAAACCAUUACCUUAGCCUUAGCAGUGAAACAUUACAGAGAGUCCAUUACAUUAGCAGAGAAACCUUACGGCAUGUUACAUGAGUACUAGCUAAAAGGAAAGGUUUGACAAACUUACAUGCUUAUAGAACAUAGAAUAGUAGUACAGUACAGGAACAGGCCCUUCAGCCCGUGAUGAUGUGGCAAACUAAUGAAGCUGGUAAUUAAAUCCACAACUAAACUAAUGCACUCUGCCGACCCAAUCUCCAUUUCCCUCCAUUCUCUGACAGUCUAUGUGCAUAUCUAAGAACUUCUUAAAUGCCUCUGUUGGAUUUGCCUCUACCACCAUCCCUGGUAGCACAAUCCAGACACCCACCACUCUGUAUGAAAACUUGCCCCUAACAUCUCAUUUAAACUUACUCCUCUCACCUUUAAAUGCAUGCCUUAGUUUUGUCUGGUGCACUGGAAACCUGACUGUAAUAAAUAUAGUUAAGAGGGACAUAGAGUCAUACCUCAAAGAAAUAGGCCCUUGACCCCAGCUUGUCCUGGUUGACCAAGGUGUCAACCUGAACUUGUCCCUUUCACCUGUGUUUGGAGUGUAUCCAUUUGGACCAGUCCAAAUAUCUUUUAAUUAUUCUAAUUAUACCCACCUCUGCCACUUCCUCUGGCAAUUUGUCCCAUAUACCCACCACCCUCUGUCUGAAAUGUUGCUUCUCUGAUCCCUUUUCAAUCUUUUCCCCUUCACUUUAGAGGUGCCCUUUAGAAAUAGACUCACAUACCCUGGGAAAAAGACUGGCUAUUCACCUUAUCCAUCCUCUCAUCAUUUUAUAAUAUGUGAUUUUUCCCCAGGGUGCAAAUGUUAGAUACUAGAGGGGAGAGGUUUCAGAUGAGAGGGGAAAUGUUUAAAGGAGAUUACCAGGUAAGGUUUUAUUUAACACAGUGGUGGGUGCCUGAAAUGUAUUGCCAGGGAAGCUGGUGGAGGCAGAUACGAUAGUAAUUUUCAAGAGUCAUUUACAUAGACAUGUGAACAAGCAAGUAAAUAAGGGAUAUGUGCUAAUGCAGGCUGAUGGGAAUUAGUUUAAAUCAGCAUUGGGGCCAGCACAGACACUGUGGGCCGAAAGGCUUGUUCAUGUGCUCUGUUUUAUGUUCUAUGUUGAACUUUCAAACAGGGUCCUCAUGAGCCUUUUGCUGGAGUCGUUUGUCAAUGGGCUUAUGACCCUGAGAAAGAAAGAGAAGGCAUCCUUGGCUGAGAGGCGGCACAAAGGAGCAGCAAGUGUGGCUGCUGCCUUGCAGCGCCAGACCUCCAGAUUCAAUCCUGACCUCCGGUGCUGUCUGUGUAGAGUUGACACGUUCUCCCUGUGUUUGCAUGGGUUUUCCCCUGUUGCUCCAGUUUCCUCUCAAUUCCCAGUGAUGGGCAAGCAAUGGGUUAAUCAACUUGUAAAUUGUUCUUUACAGAGAAACACGUCCUCAUUGGAAUUGUACACAUUGAUGAAAACAGUCCUGCAACUGGGUCCAAAAUUCUAAAGAAACUUUUGUGUUAUUUAAUUUAAUAUAUGUAUAUAACUAAUAAAUUAUUGAAAUAUU